AUGGCGACACACUUUCUCUCGGGCAACGGGCCUGCCGCGCGAGUCCGGCCGUUCCAGCAGCCCGACGGCCUCGGCGACCCUCCUGGGGAGUCUUCCAUUCGCCUGACCCCUCUGAAGUGCCAACACACUCGCGUGUCUGUUGACCCCCAGAAAAUCCCCGCUUCCGCGGUUUCUGGGUUGAAGGCGCGCGUUGCUCCUCGCACCUGUUCGGAGCCACCACCGCCGUCUCAGGGGUGUACAGACAGCUCGGGGCUGCGCUCGCAGGGCACAGCUCUCGUCUCCUCAGCCGCUGCCGGCUCUGGAACAGAUUUAUCUCCUUUCGGCGCGAUGGGUGAAAGGAAUUCCUGUAAGAAAAGGUGUGUUUCCCCAUCCUCAGGCAGCUCGACCGACUCGGAGUGCCUCAGCAGGCCUAGACCAGGAAAAUUCGGCAGCUGUGAAGAUCCGUCGCGCCUCUCUCCGUCUGGAGUCUCCGCCGCCUGUGCGCUGCCUCCAGAGUCUCUGUUGCAAGCUCUGCGAAUGGUCAGCCUGAGGUCGGUCGCUGCGGCCUCGGCCUCCCGUAGUCCCCCGCUGUCUCCGCGAGCCGCGCGACAAAGCGGGGAGGGUCUUGGCAAGGCGCAAGGCAGAGGAACGCCGGAAGACGUGCGAAAUCGGUCGAGCGAGGCGGAUCCGAAUCAGGUCGACUCUGCAUCCAGAAAGGAGAACAUGGUCGCGAGCACCCCGCCGGUUUUCGAGGGCAGUCCCUCCACUACCUCUGGUCUCGGAUCUUUUCAGAAGAACGCUCGGGGCAUUCACGCGUUCUGCGCAGCUCCCUCGGCUGCUCUGCCGUCUAGGCGGAGUCCAGGGAACACCGGAGGCCACUCCAGCUGCAGUGUCUCUGAAAACCACGGUGCUUGGCUGGACGACAUCAUGGUUCCCUUUCUCUGUGACAGUCGCGUGCGGAGAUUCGUGCUUCAAACGAAGAGUCUCGCGGAUCAAAAUGAACCAGAGAAAGUCAACGCGCUGUUUGAGCGCGCUCUCCACGCCUACCAGUCGACGGCGUCUGCCCCGUCCUCUGUGUCGCCGGAGUCUCCGAGUUUUGACUUCUGCCCUCCCCACCGCGUGGCUGCCGCCUCCCCCUCUGCCCUUUCAACUCUUCAUCCUUGCGCGGCUUCUUCGCUUGAAGUCAGCUUAGCGUCCGGCCUCGCAUGCACCCCAGGAGACUCUAGCGGGGACAAGGUCUCUUCGCCUUCGUAUCUGCGACGCCCGAUCGACGCGGUCCCGAAUCCUAAGCGACCUGCCUCUGCUGCUGCUCCCGCAGAGUCCGGCCAUGGACUUUCUGAGCUGCUGAAGCGCCUGGGCAAUCCCGUGGAGUCUCUCUCCACACCGGCGGGUGUCUCCAAAACGGAGACAGGAGUCUGCGAGCUAUCUCCUCGUCCGGAAGACGCUGAGGCUCGGUCAGGCGUUCGGCGGCAAGGUGCAGCGGAGAAGGAGGUCCGCCAAACGCCGGCUGCUUCCUCUCCACGUACGAGAGCUCCUGCCUCUGGAGUCUUCGUCGAAGAAGACCAGUCCGCGGCGCUGGGGGUGGAGGCUCGGGGGCGAAACGAGCCUGGCGAGGAGUGGUCUAGAAGCCAGCUGUCUCCCCGCAGAAAGGAGGAGAAAUCAGAGCCGGAGGCUGGAGACUUCUGUGGCGCCGGGAAGGAACACGUUGCCGGAAGGAGUGCAGAGAACCAAGUUUCGCAAGGGGAAGAGCAGUCGCGUAUUCCACAUGCCGAAAACGACUUGCUGCGAGCGAAAAGGAAGGACCGCGAGGCUAAACCUCGACCUGGAGACGAGGGAGAGGAGAGAGCCGAGGCAAACAGCGAGGCGGCAGUCAGCGUCGUUGCGGAUGGAGCGGAGGGGAAGGAAAGAAGAGAGGGAGAAGGCGAAAAGGGUGCAGCGUUGGCUAGGAGCAGACGAAAGUGCACUUCAGGGAGGUUGAAGGAAGCAGAGGCACCGUCUGCAAGGGAACAGACAGUCUGCCACGCAAGGCCCGACACCGACGCACUGAGCCUUCUUGACCACAUCAUUCGAGAACAUAAAAUGCGCAGUGUGAAGCCUGCGGCCACAGUGACUGGAGCGGCCCUGGAAGCGUUGACGCAGGUCUUCGCGAGGCAUCCAGAUGGAAUUUCGGAUCCUACUGUCUUUUCAGACGAAGUUGUGGUGCCCCUCCUGGGCCUCGGCGAGUAUAUGAGUGCACGUCUGUUCCGGAUGGUCGACUCUCACAACACCGGUACUAUUUCCUUGCCUAUGCUCAAGGAGUUCUGGGCAAAUCGCUUCGUUCUCGCCGCGGAGGACCCCACAACCAUUGAUGAGGGGUUCCCUUCGUCAAAGCUUCCGAUCUACCUCCUGCCCGCGUCGGCGUCUCCCAGCGAAGACUCUCGCACAGACGUGACUCCGGGUCUCAGUGAGGAAGUCGUGCCUCAUGCAGUCAAGCGAGGAAGUGCCCGAAAUUUCUUCAACAUUGUCAAACAGCCUGGCGCCGACUCCAUCACCGCUGACGACUUGAGGCCCUGGGUCGACGAGGUUCUUCGACAGGCUCCAGACAUGGCGUUUUUGACCGAGCCGUCGGCGUCGGAGUUCGCUGCCCGAUACGUGGACUCUGUCAUCACUCGCAUCAUGUUUGAAGUCGACACGGAAGACGCAGGGAGCAUUUCUCUCAAGGCUCUGAAGCACAGCUGUCUGCCUCACGUCUGGUACACCAUUCGUCCUGGAGUCGAGCUGAGCGUGGUCAGGCGAUUCUUCAGCUACGAGCACUUUUAUGUAUUUUACUGCACGUUCCACGCUCUCGAUGAAGAUGAGGAUUUCCUUCUUGACCGCUCAGAUGUCCGACGACACGACACGCACAACAUGAACAUAGAGGUCGAGGAGAGGCUUUUCCUGCAAGUCGCCAGGCCGUUUCGGUCUCCGAAGGCAGGCUACAUGUGCUUCGAAGACUGGAUUUGGUUUCUGUUGGUCUACUACGAUGUCACCUCGGAGCGGGCGAUCCAGUUUUGGUUUAAAAUCUUCGACAUCGACGGCGAUGGAGUCCUCCGAGACCACGAGAUCGAGGUUUUCUUCAACGCCCAGGUGGAUCGGUUCCGCAUGAGAGACGACAAGCUGCCCACUUAUCGAGACUUCAUCUGCCCGAUGUGCGACGCACUGUGUGUGCCCUAUUCUUCGGGCCUCCGCUGCCGAGACCUUCUUCGAGAUCCCAUCUCAGGCGGCUGCUUUAUAAACUGUCUGUUGAAGCGCGCAGCUUUCCAGGCGAUGGACGACGGGGAAACAAUGACGAAUAUCGUGAAAGGGAAUCCCUGGGAUCGGCAGCUCAUUGAACUCACACCGUUUGAGAUCUUCGCGAGUCAGCAGUAUCAAGAGCUCACAGCACGCAAGGGCGAGGAGUGCUUCAUAGAAGAGAGCUCGAGUUUCCUAGACGAAAGUGAAAGCUCUCAAAGCGAUGAGUUUCUCUUCAAUGAUAUUGCGUCGGCGGAAUCGACGGAGUCUGUCUAAGCU